CGACUUAUUACAACAGUGAAAUUAGAACUUGUUUAAGGAAGGGACGUAUGGAUUAUCGGGGAAUUCUGAAGUGAACCAUAGUCAUCUCUGGUUUGCGUUGUUGAAUGUUUAUCAACUGGUAAACCAAGUGACUUGCGAGGACAACACAUUGAUUAUAAGGGGAGAAGUGUAACGGCCUCACAUUAAUACGCAAUCGGACAUAGAAACGACGCAAAUAAAAAGCAGUCAAGAUGUCGGUUAUGUUAAGUGCUUGUAGAAAGAAGGAUGCACCGAAGAAGAAGAAAAAGAAGACAAAGCCAGCUCCUAAUCCAGAACUAUCGGCAUACACAAGGACUGGAGAAGACCAGGUUUACAAGACAUGGAACUGGACGUUAGACAGCAGGCCAUGCUCUCUUACCCUUAAGAAGGAUAGCAUGGAGCUAUGGUGUAAUAACCAUCCUAUGGAAACUACGAUCAACUUUGCCGACGAGGAUGAUGGGACCGACAUGGAUUUCGCUAUAUUCGAUCAUAAAUGUCGUAUUAAGGUCACUCGUCAAGGAGUGCAAUUGACCUCACCCCUCUUUUACGUCCUUACCGUGGAUGGGUACCAAAUCGAUGAUAGAGCUUGACGUCAUUGAAGGAACAUAGACCGCUUUUACCUGAAAUAUUUAACUGUUUCCCAGGUAUACUUUACCCCUGGGAUAACUGUCCCUCUGGGGCCAUCUCGUUGUCAUAUUAUGCUAGUCAGCA